UAUGGCCGCUGUUUCGGCAAUACAACAUCUGUAAUGUUUUGUAAAUUUCAUUUUUAAAAUGAAUAAAGUUUAUUUUAUUAAUGCAUAGUGUUUAGUGUAUUCGGUUCAGUACUGUGAUAUUUGUAAUGGAUGCAGAUAGCGAGAUAGAAAAAAAGAAAAUUGAUGCAGUCCAAACUAUAGAGACAAUUCAGUCAAUGAUCGACGUUUCAGCGGAAAGACUUGAGGGUUUACGGACACAAUGUUCCACAAGCGCCGAACUGACGCAGCAGGAGAUCCGGACCCUGGAGGGUAAACUAGUGAAGCACUUCUCGCAGCAGCUAGUGAUCAAAGCAAAUUUGGAUGAUCAGUUGCGAUUAAAGUUCUCGAAUGUACCGAAUCUGGCGAAAUGGCUCAGGGUGGUUGGGCUUUCGCCUGAAUCUAUUGAGGCGGUCUUAUCAAGGGUAUCAACAUUGGAGAGCCUACGAGAACGGUCCGACGCCGAAAUGCGGCUGAUACUGGCGGAGGCGCGCGAAGAGGAGGUGCUCCGAUUGUGUCGAGCCAUGCAACGAUUAAGAACUUAUAUGGAGUCGUUGAGUCGCGGCGACGCCAACACGGAGCUCCAGCUGUUCUGGGACUCGUGGGAGCGGCACGUGCGCGCCUCGCCCCGCCCGCACCGCCCGCGCCACGAGACCCACACUGCACACAUCAAGAAAGGUGGCAAAUCUCCAACGACACCGGUGAGCAAGCGGAAGCAGAACGCGAGCCUGCCGCCUCCCGACGCUCCCCUCAUCAAGUCCCGGUCUCACGAGUCGCAGUUGUCCGUGAAGCCCGACGCUUCGGAUCAUAGUGACAACAGCCAGUCGUCAGCGGUAGGAGGGGGCAGUCCCCCCGCGUCCCCGCACGAGCCCGAAAACACGCCGCUGCAUCGGCCGCUGCACCAGUACAAUAACCAUACGGCGCGGCGCUGCGAGCGGUGUCCGGUGCCGAGCCGGGCGGGCGGCGAGGAGGCGGAGCGGGCGCGGGCGCGGGCGGGCGGGCCGCAGCCGGCGCCGCGCACGCCCACCGUGAGCCGCUGCAUGGCGCACGACAUCGCGCACCGCUUCACCAAGACCUUCAACAUGAUCGCCACGUGCGACUACUGCGACAAGCAGAUGCUCUUCGGCUCCGGCCUCAAGUGCAAGGAGUGCAAGUUCAAGUGUCACAGGGAUUGUGAAAGUAAGGUGCCUCCUUCGUGCGGCCUGCCCCCAGAGUUCGUUGUGGCGUUCAAAGAGAAAUUCCACAAAGAUGGGGGGUACAGCUACACGCGCGGCGCGGGGCUGCUGGCCUCGCUCACCGGGCGCCCGCGACGCCGCCACCGCGCGCCGCCCGCGCUGCACCACGCGGCCGGCAGCGGCGCGGACUCGUCGUCCAACAACUCGUCGUGCAACAGCUCCACGCCCUCCUCCCCCGCGCUGCAGCCCGCCGCCACCCCGCAGCCCGCCCCGCACCCGCCGCACAAGUUCCACUUCCCAGAAGUAAAAACUCCCGCGUCGAGUCCGAACCACCCGACGGUCGCGCAGUCGCCCGCCAAGUCGAUAGCGGAGCACAAGGAGGAACACACGAAUAGUACUAAAAACGAGGUCACCCGUGAGCUGUCCCUGACCGGGUCCGGCUCGACGGACAGCGGGGGCCGCGCGGACUCGCUCGACAAGCACUCGGACGCGCGCUGGCCGCGACAGAACAGCUUGUCAAUGAAGGAAUGGGACAUACCUUAUGACGAUGUGAAGAUAUUCGAGGUGAUAGGGGCUGGCAGGUUCGGCACCGUCUGCCGGGGCAGCUGGCACGGAGCCGUCGCCGUGAAGUUGCUGCACGUGCUGCCGCUCAGCGACGACGGCUCGCUGCUCGACACCUUCAAGCAUGAGGUUUCAAUAUUCCGGAAGACCCGUCACGAGAACCUGGUCCUGUUUAUGGGGGCCUGCAUGAAGCCGCCCCGGCUCGCGAUAGUGACAUCAUUGUGCAAGGGCAUGACGCUCUACACGCACAUCCACCUGCGGAAAGACAAGUUCACCGCCAACAAGAGCGUGCUCGUGGCGCAGCAGAUCUCACAGGGUAUGGGCUACCUACACGCCCGAGGCAUCAUCCACAAGGACCUGAAGACGAAGAACAUAUUCUUAGAGAGCGGGAAGGUGGUCAUCACGGAUUUUGGUCUCUUCAGCGUCACUAAAUUGUGCUUCGGGAAUAACGCCCGCGGCGACAGUCUCGGCAUCCCGUCGGGCUGGCUGUGCUACCUGGCGCCCGAGAUCAUCCGCGCCCUCCGCCCCCACGCCUCCCUGCUCCUGCCCUUCUCGAAGGCCACCGACAUAUACGCUUUUGGCACGGUUUGGUACGAGCUCCUUUGCGGUGAAUUUCCCUUCAAGGGCCAACCUCCGGAGUCGAUCAUUUGGCAAGUCGGUAAGGGCGUGAAGCAGUCCCUUGCGAACAUGCAAGCUUCUAGGGAUAUAAAGCUUACGGACGCGGAUGAGUUCAAGGCCCAAUUGUUGGACAUCCUGAUGGUAUGUUGGUCGUAUCGUGCAGCUGACCGUCCCGAUUUCCCGUCUCUCCUCAACACUCUACAGAAGCUUCCCAAGAAGAGACUGGCGCGCUCUCCAUCCCACCCCGUGCACCUGUCCAGGUCCGCUGACUCGGUCUUCUGAGGAAGACCUCCCCAGUGCAACUCGCCGGACUUCGGGCGCUCAGUGCAGUCGGUGCCGAGAUACGUCGCUUUCGAGAUCAAUCUAUGAGGUUCGGUUGUGCGACUCUGGACACUAAGUUCACCGCGUUAAGGUCCAAAGUGGUCAUACGUUCAGAAAGAAAUUACUAUGGAACCGCCUUUAAAUCGGUGUCUCAUUUCAGUGAUAGUUUUACUUUAGUUAUGAUUUGCCCGUGCGAUUCUUAACUCUCAGUAAAUUCAAUCGAGGUGGAAAUUCUAGGUCCUGGUUAUUUACCGAAUCGAACCACUUUGAAAUUCUGCAUAAUGGUCUAUGUAGCUAAAGAGCUGCUUUAGAAUCUGCCUCAAACAAUUCCGAUUGAUAUCAACUUGAAAUAAUUGGAAUUUAUUAAGAAUUUCAAAUUAUAUUGAAGUAGUUUUGUUCUUGUAUGUUUGGGUAUACACCCGAUUGUUUGUUUAACUGGUCUUUUUUUACAA